UUUUCUUCAAAGAAAUAUUCAUAGGGAGUGCUCGCUGUUAGCAAUUAAAUACAAGCAUAGCUUCUUGCAAAUACAGGCUCCUGGCCUAGCAGCCACUAGGCUUUCUAUAUAAAUGGUCUCCCAGUUAGAAAUUAAUUACACACAAGAGUUUAUAAGGAGAUCAGAACAUACACCAAUCUCAUAAGAUUCCGAGAUUCUCAGCCACGAUGUAUCCACACAUAUCAGGUUUCAUCCUUCAUGUUUUCAUUCUUCAAGUUGUGAUGAUGAAUGGUGCAGACAGCAGUAACAAGCGGUACAUAUUCCACUGCAUGGGCUGGGGGGCCGGGUGCCAAAAGAAUGGCCAAGUGCACCCUUCCGUGAGCUCCAACAGUGGUGGUCAGAGAGGAAGCUACAGCGGUGGACAAGACUCAGCCAGACAUGAGACAAUAAAGGAGCCCACUCAUUUCUCCAUCACUUCAGGCAGCAGUAGCUGGAGGCCCAUUGGUAAGCGGCCAUUUUCAAGUGUCAAGCAAGUACCAGUAUAUCACCCAUGGCAGCUGAUACGUUAUCCUAGUUACCUGUUGGGUACCACUGGAGGAAGAGACAUCUUUGGGUCCAUAAAUAAGCACCUGCAUACAAGUCCUGAACACCAAAGGUCAUAUCCAUUUGCAAGCAAUAACCCUCAAUAUUUUGAUUUCCAAGUUUCAGACAGGACAUACAAACCAAAAUGGUACUUACCAAACCCUAAGCCAACAUACCAUAACACCAUUCCUACAGACAAGAUCGAAACCUGGGGUUUUCCCUCAUCCAGACAGCAGAGAAGGGUUUACAACUCUCACAAAAGAAAGCGCAACAACAAUUUUGUCAGCACAAAAGCAGGAGCCUGGUAGACAGAUUACUAUGAAUUUCAAUCAGAUUGAGCCUUCUUUUAUUCUCAGGACAGCAUCAAAGUCAAUUUCCAAUAAGGGAAAAAAAUGGGCAAAAUCACGCCCCCAAAAUGUGAUUGUUAACAUUACACUGCAUAUAUCCCAAACAAACACGUAGUUACGGUAUUAAAAUAUGAAUUAUAUAUGUACAUACUCUAUUAAGGACAAUCACCAAGUCAAGUAAUGUUCCCUGAUACUCGCAAAUCAGUUUAUCAAUUAAGGACUUCAUUCCAAAUGGUGGCAGGGUAGCAGUGGGUGGAAGCAGACAUAUCAAACACGUAAUGGGUACUUUCGCCAAAUAUAUUAUUUCUCUUCUCCGAACAAAUUAAAUCCACAGGAAGCUUAAUUUUCAAAACAAGGCAAUCACGCUAGAUUAAUUGCCCUUGUUUAUGGUGCAGCAACAUGUUAAGGCAGAUAUAGAACAAUAAUGACACGAGAACAUGAGUAGUUUUUAUGUGAUAGACAAAAUAAUAUAUAACACUCAUGUCUUGAGAAUGGGGGCAUGUGAACUUUGCUGUAACUAUCAGAUGGCAGAAGGAGACUUUAUCAGUUUUAAAUUAAAUUUAUUGUUCAAUAAUUGAUAAGGCAGUAUUACAUGGACAGCUGCUGUUUGUUUGUCCACAGAAAGGCUGGCAAAUGAUUUAAUAAAAUGAAAUCACUGUGUGGUGAACCAAUCUUU